CCAUCAUCAAUCCAUCGUCAAUCCAUCAUCACCAACAUGUCUAGCUCUGGCAAAGGAUACUCGUACACCAGCUCCGGCACCAACAGCCAGGGCAACCACUACUGCUCUCGGGACUACGGUUCGAGCGCCUCCAACUCCAACAGCUACCACUACUCGAACAGUGACGGCUCCUACUACUAUUCCAACCCGAACGGCAGCAGCUACUACAACAAUGGCAGCGGCGGAUCCACGUACACUCCUGCCGGAAAGAAAUGA